UCUCCCAAACUGUCCCGGGACUCAGAGCUGCGCUUCUCCCGCUCCCCUCAGCUUCCUUAGGAUUUUGUUUCUCAGGGAUGGCCGCAUCUAUUCUGGAGGUAGGGAAUGUAAUUGAAGACACACGCUAUGGCUCCAGUCCUCUGGCUAUGUUAACUGCUACAUGUAACAAGUUUGGCAGCACAAGCCCCAUCAGGGAUUCUGCUACACCCGGUAAGACUGGUAGCACUACUCCAGUAAAGAAGUCCUACACCAUGACCUCCGACCUUCAGACAGCUAAGAACGGGCGGACCGCAGACGGCAGUGGCCUGGCGGACUCCUACACUGGCUCCUUCACCACAGCUGGAGGAGGCGGUGGCGGGCUGCUUACCCCGACUGGAAGCCCCCCUCCUUCAGCCGGAGGCUACACUACAGAAUAUAACCCUUUCUCCCACUCCUUCCAGACCUCUGUCUCCCAGGACCCGUCUCUUUUAGUGUCCAAGGCCCAUGCUACAGCCGAUUGCCUCACCAGUGUCUAUACCUCCCUGGAUAUGACACACCCCUAUGGCUCCUGGUAUAAAGCCGGUAUCCACCCUGGCAUUACUACUGCUCCAGCUAAUGCCACAUCCUCCUGGUGGGAUGUCCACCCCAACUCCAACUGGCUGUCAGCAACCCAGCCCCAGUCGGACGGAGGUCUCCAGGCCUCCUUGCAGCCUGUAGCACCCCAGGCCUCCCUUAGCCCACAGCUGCCCAGUUACAGCACCGACUUUACACAACUCAACCCAGCUCCUUACCCUUCCGUGGGACUGGGCUCCUCCUCACAUCUUCUCCAGCCCUCACAGCACAUGCUGCCCCAGGACAUGUAUAAGCCCAAGCCUGUGCCAAGUGCAGGGCUGAUUGAGAGUCCCAUGGGCCUAAAGCCAGCUAGGGGAUCAGGGGGCUACAGUGGAGGGGGCGCGCCCACCAGGUCCUCAUGUGACUGCCCCAACUGCCAGGAGCUGGAGAGGCUGGGGGCCUCAGCUGCAUCACUGAGGAAGAAGCCGGUCCACAGUUGCCACAUCCCAGGCUGUGGGAAGGUGUAUGGCAAGGCCUCCCACCUCAAAGCCCACCUGCGCUGGCACACUGGCGAGAGGCCCUUUGUUUGCAACUGGCUGUUCUGCGGGAAGCGCUUCACCCGCUCGGACGAACUGGAGAGGCAUGUGCGCACCCACACGCGGGAGAAGAAGUUCACCUGUCUACUUUGCAACAAGCGUUUCACGCGCAGUGACCACCUCUCAAAGCACCAGAAGACCCAUGCGGAUUCUGCAAUGCAGGGGAAAGCUGUAGCUGUGGAGGGAGACACAGAUCCUCGGAGUGAAGAGACCACAGAGCUUAACACCGGCGCUGUACCCACCAAUCCUGUGACAGACCAAAUCACCAACGGAGAUGAGAAGACUGGCACACCUAAUGGAGUGGAGAACAGCAGUGGACUGUUGGAGAUUUAACUUCAUUAAGUCUUCUAUCUAAUACUAUUUUGAGACAUGGUGGGUUUGUUUUUUAUGGUGACAAAUUCACCUUUUAAAGAAAAAAAAAGACAGUAUUUUGUGUCAAGACAUACAAAGGAUAUCAGACCAUGUUUGAAAAGACUUGAUAUGAUAAAUGACUGAACAUGUUGCAGGUAGCAGUCACUUCAUUUUAUCUGGACCAAACACACACACACACACACACACACACACACACACAAGCAAAUAUGAGCAAGCCUGCAAACAUACACCUAUGCACAAAUGUAUGCAGACAGACAAACACGCACACACACACACACACACACACACACAAAUAAAAGUAACCAAGCCAGGAUGUACAUGAACACAAAUAUGACAUGCGCAUGUGCACAUACACAUGCACAGAAAUAACUAUGCAAAUGUGCAAGCAUAUAUAAUGCAUCUAUGCAUGCACACACACACACACACACAUACAAGUAAACACACCCAUGCACACAUUUUGUAGCCUAUAGACAUUUUCUGCCUUUCAAAUGAGACAAACCACUGGGGAAAUUUAAUCUGCAAAAGCAGAAGGAAAAGAGCUCUGAAGCCACAAGAGGAAAGUAGUUUUAGAAGGAGACUCAUGGUUAGAAUGAUGGAGUUGAGGGAGCAUUGCAUGCCUACAGAAAAAUCUGAUUUACAGCUGUUCUUUGAUACUUAUUAAUUAUUCUUGAAACAAUCAAUGGACAGUGUUACUUACUGCUUCUUGUUGCCGAAGACAUUUUUUAUGUAAAAAGUUUUUGCAUUUUACUUUUGUUUGCUGUUUGCUUCUUGUCUAAUUUAAUUCCAUAUUUACAUAAAUAAUCUAAUUUAUGUCUUAAAUUAUACGCAUGGAAAAUUAUCUUGGACCCUGCAGGAAAUAUAAUUCCUGAAAUAACGCAAGGUGGUUGAAGCUGGCCAAAAAGAAAAGAAAAUGCAUUAAAUUAAGAUUUUUUUUCUUAUUUAUUAGUUAUAAGGUGGAGUUUGGGGCUAUGUUUUUAAAGAUUUAUUUAUAGAUCUUGAAGUUAGAUGUGCGUGUAAACUAUUUCUAUAUAAUCUUUUAAUUGUGAAGUCUUCCACACCUGGCAAAGUAAUGAUUAAUAAGGGCUCCUCCUUGUUUGUACAUACUAUAUAUUUACAACCGUAUAUAGAUAUUGUUAGGUGUGUUAUUUUUGUACUUUUUUUAAAUGUAUGAUAUAUGUUUUGUGUAACUUUUGACAUUGAAAAAUAUCUCUCUAUGUUGCAUCAGUUAAAACAAACCUAAACAUUAGAGCUUAAUUUGUUGAUCAUGUUGUUGUUACUUAUGGUAGAAUUUAACUACCACUGUUUACUGAUUUGUUGUGAAAAAAAGGUAUAGUAUACUGUAAAAAGUGAUAAAGCAUUAAACCUUGUAAAAGGUAAACAUGUUGUAAAAGUUGUGGUGUGGAAUCAUGACAAUUUUGGUGCUUUUAAAAGUAAAGAAAUUUCAAACGCA